AUGAAUCCUAAUAGUCUCGCCGUGUACAUAACAAGCCUAUUGUGUCUCAAUUUAAUUGAUGCUAAAAUUGGUUACUUUUGGCACAUCACAGAUCUUCAUUAUGAUCCAUUCCACAACUCCCCCGAGUUUCAUAAAGGAUGCAGACACAAUCAUGCCCACGUAGAGCACAACCAUCGGAACGGACGCCACCGUGACCACACAUGUGACAGCUCUUGGCCGCUGAUACAGAGUGCGGCCGCUUUGAUGGCGGAACGACAUCCCGAUACUUUGGAGUUUGUGCUUUGGACGGGGGAUAUUUUGUCGUCGUCAAUGGAACACUUGAGCGACGAGAUUAAGCUGGAGGCUGUCCGAAAUGUCACAGACAUACUGAGCAGGACGUUUAGCAGCCAGUUCGUAUUCCCAGCGCUGGGGCAUAACGACCCACCACCGUCAAAGAGGUUGGUCGACAUGUGGAUGCAAUGGCUGCCCACGGAAGCUUUGCAGACUUUCGAAACUGGUGGCUAUUACACUAUAGAGCAGUCGCACAGUAAACUACGUAUAAUAGUGUUGAAUAGUGUUUUAUGGGCUGGCGGCGCAGCGAGAACUGAUGGCCCUCACAGAGGCAGGGCCCAAUGGGAGUGGCUCGAACACGUCUUGAGCAAAGCCAGGCGGAAAAAUGAAAGGGUAUAUCUGGUAGCACACGCUGGACCUGGGGUAGAAGAGCGUCACAAUGCUGGCAGUGCGUCCGCUGCGGGCGGGGGUGAACUCACCCCUACGGCGAAUGCCAGAAUGCUGCACGUCAUCAGAGCCUUUAGUGACGUCAUAGCAGGACAGUUCUACGGACAUCGUCACGCUGAUACUUUCCGUUUGGUUUAUAGCGAGGGACGGCCGGUAUCAUGGGCACUAUUGGCACCAUCCCUGACACCCAGAGGAUCAGGCAGCAUAUCCAAUCCAGGAUUAAGGCUUUACAAAUUCGACUCUAACACUGGAAAGGUAUUAGACUACACUCAGUAUUAUUUAGAUAUAACUAACUCCAGAGGGGAGCUACAUUGGGCUAUAGAAUAUAACCUAACACAGUAUUAUGGCUUGAGGGAAAUAAGCGCUACUUCGUUAGAUGCUCUGGCGGAGAGAAUCCGAAAUUACCACGACCGGACAUUGUUCACAAAGUACCUAACAGCGUUGCGCGUGCGUCACACCACAGACGUCAGCGAUUGUGACGCGACAUGUGCCCACGUCCACUACUGUGCGAUAACCCGGGCCGACUACCACGAGUUUCGCGCCUGCGUACGGAACCCGGCCUCGGCAUUAGCCUCGCAGGCCGCACACACAUCAGCUGCUGUUCUGCUAUACGCCUUACUGAUCAUAAUUUCGUCU